UAACGUUAAAACACCGUAAUAUACCGUAAUAAUAUACGUUCAAAUAAAGUGAGCACGAUGUCUGCGGGAGCAGAGCUGCUGCUGGAGCUCAAACACAGAGCUGUCUUCAGUAUCGACGAAGCGGCAGCAAAGCUGCACAGUCUCAGUCGGGACAUAUGGAGCUGUCCGGAGCUGGCCUAUCAGGAGACCGAGUCUCACGACAGACUGGUGGCGUUUUUCAGUCAGGAAGGAGGCUGGAAGGUGGACGCUCACUACAAACUGGAGACUGCGUUUCGAGCCACUUGGGGAGGUGGAGACAGCGAGCGGGCAGACGUGGUCAACGUGGGUUUCCUGUGCGAGUACGACGCCCUGCCGGGGAUUGGACACGCGUGUGGACACAACCUGAUAGCUGAGGUUGGAGCUGCUGCGGCUCUGGGGCUCAAAGCUGUGCUGGAAAACACGCAGGACAAGCUUCCUGUCCGCGUGCAGGUGUCUGUGCUGGGGACUCCAGCUGAGGAGGAUGGUGGAGGAAAAAUAGACCUAAUAAGAGAGGGAGCCUUUCAAAACAUGGAUGUUGUGUUCAUGGCCCACCCCUUGCAGGAUGACGCUCCGUAUCUCCCACAUGUGGCUGAACAUGAUGUAACUAUCAAGUAUCGAGGUAAGGCGUCUCAUGCCUCAGCGUACCCCUGGGAGGGAGUAAACGCGCUGGAUGCAGCCGUGCUGUGCUACAACAACCUGUCUGCGCUCAGACAGCAGAUGAAGCCAGACUGGAGAGUUCACGGGAUCAUAAAGCGCGGUGGAGAGAAACCAAACAUCAUCCCUGCCUACACUGAGCUGGAGUACUACCUGAGGGCCCCCUCACGGGCUGAGCUGUCCGUCCUCAAGGCAAAAGCUGACAUGUGUUUCAGAUCAGCUGCUGUGGCCACUGGCUGUCAGGUUGAAGUGGAGUAUGCAAGAAACGCUUUUGACAACAUAUUGCGAAAUCCAACGCUGGAAGAUUUGUAUGAGAACAAUGGAAAGACUCUGGGGAUGGAGUUCACCACCGAUGAAGAAGUCCUUAACAAUGCUAGCGGCUCCACAGACUUUGGCAAUGUGUCGUUUGUAGUCCCUGGUAUCCAUCCAUACUUCUACAUCGGUUCUAAGGCCCUGAGCCACACAGCAGAGUACACUGUGGCCUCUGGUGAUGACAGAGCUCAGUUCUUCACCCUGAGGACAGCUAAGGCUCUGGUGAUGACGGCCCUGGAUGUGCUGCUGCGUCCAGAGCUGCUGCAGAGGGUGAAGCAGGAGUUCACUGAGGCCACGCUGAAGGAGGACAGGAGGCUGACGGGAGAACACACAGAGCAGUCUGCAAAACACUGAGGAUGCAGAUCUGACCACCACUGAGCUCCCUGAUCACUGACCG